AUGUGGGAGAUGGGUUUACAUCAAGUACAUUACUCAACGAGAAUCAGCGAUGAAACCUGUUUACAGGCACCACUGGUCGUGCCACCAUUCACCAUAAUGCGAGUCGUGCUGAAACAGCUUGUGACUGCUGUGCGCUACAGUAAUCGAGCUCUAAACACAAUGUUGAGUGUUUCCCAGGCUUUCAAACCUUUUGACUGCGUUCUCUCCGUUAAACAAUUCACAAUGGCGGCGCCCAGAACAAGGAAGUCAUUUCCUCGAUUAACCAUCUGGAUGAGCCCCAACCCCCUCUCCCUCAGCGUGGAAGAUUUCUUCGCCGGCGAUGAGUCGUUGAACGUUCGCUCGCCCAACCCUAUCGUAACUCAACGCGAGGCCCAGAAGCUCCAGGAGCGAAUUGAUGACUACAAGCAGCAACAGCUCUUUGUACUCCAUACACAAGAAGUCACCAACACGAGACGUCGCAGUGAUGUGCCCCCGAGGCCCGUUGCCUUUGUAGAUGAGCAAGUUAGCCUCAUCGCCACUUUGGCGGAUUCAGACUCGGACGGCGAGGACGAUCAUUUUCGACUCUGGACUGUAUACGGCUGCAUAGACGCCACUUCUCACAUCGACGACCUUGUCGCCAACUUCUCGAGGGGAAAGUCACCGGCUGCACUGGCCCGAUCCGUCUUUGCUCGGUUCUGCAAGGCGUCAGGAACGAAGGAUGCUGAGAAGAAGGAGAAAGCAAUCCGGGGCAAUCUUCAGUUCGGUAUCAGCCACCUCUAUGAACUCCACGAGCGCAUUCACCGUGUGCAGCACGCCCUAUACCAGCUUACGGGCCAGGAAUCGGCUGAGUAUCACGAUGCAGACGCUGUGGGCUGCAAUAUUACCAAGUACAUUGCUAUGCUCUCUGACCUCCAGAACCACAUUCUCAGCGGGAAUGUCGACAUGUUCGAGUCGAUGGGAUUUGAGCUCUUCUUGUUCAUGUCAGAGCCUGAGGUAGUUGGAUAG